CUUUACAACCGGAUGUUYCCAUCUGUGUCGCUGCCGUUUGUCGCCUUUCCAAACAACGAGCAGAAAUUUCUCCAGAAAUAACUUUUCUUGAUUCUUUCGUGAAGUCAGGCAGCAUGGGUGUGUUUGACAACUGCUCAGUUCUUCUGGAGCUCAAAAAUUUGCCAUUCAAGGAGAAGAAGAAGCUGAAAUCAAUAGUGACGUUGAAUGGAGGCAGCAUUUCUUUCAUAGUCAACAAACAGUGCUCUCUGGUGGUGACCUCCGACUUGUCCAACCUGAGCUCCAACAGGCUGCGCAGCAUCCAGAAGAACCAGACGCCAGUGGUCGGCUUGGAUUAUCUGUAUAAAAGUGUGGAGAGAGGCGUUCUUCUGUCUGUGGACGAGUACAAGAUGGACACUUCAUCAUCUCCAGAUCCUCCUCCUCCCUGGAAGUCACUGCAGAGAGCUCCGCUAACUUAUAAAGCCGAGCCUCCAAAAGGUCCCACCUCCUCAGAGGGACCAGCUGUUGAAAAAAACAAUCAGUUUAGAAUCUACAAGGAGUCGGUCUCUGCUCUCCCGACGUUCCCCGAUGAUUUCCACGUGGCGAAGUACUCCGUUUUCGGACAGGAGAACGGCAGCAGGUUUUGCGUGUUGGAGCUGCAGAGCGCCAAAGGGGAGCAGGGACGGCGCUACCGUGUGGCCAGAUACCGGAAGGACGACGUGGCGUCGAAGAAGGCAGCUGUGAUGGAUCAGCUGGUGUUCCUGUCCACCUCAGAAGAAGCUGUGGACGUUUACAAGGCGCUGAGUGAAGAACUGGAGCGCUCUGAGCUGCAGAGGAUGAGCAGCUUACCUGCUGAGGCGCCACACCUGGGCUCCGCCCCCCUGGAGCAGCUGCUGCUGGAGGAGAAGCUGAACUCUGGUGAGUUGUCCCCUGACGUGGCGGCGUUUGUGGAGCUGUUGUGGACCGAAGCUCUCGGUUGCCUUGGAAACAUCCUCAGAGUUCCCAUCUCCAGACUCAGCCUGAACGAUGUGAGCAGAGCUGAAGGCCUUCUGCUUCAGGCUCAGAGGAAACUGAAGGAGGGAAACGAGGAUGAGGCGUCGUCCCUCCUGGACGAGGUUUUCACCCUGCUGCCUCACCGGGAGCCCAGACCUCAGUCACCUACAGCCAGGUUUCUGUCUCAGAAGCUGGACCUCUGUCAGUUAAUCCGAGAUGUUCUGAAUGUGAGCGAGAUGACCAUGAACGACCCGAAGCCGUCCUCCGUGGGGAAGUACCGCGCUCUUCGCUGCCACAUCGAAGCCAUUCCCCGCAGCAGCUCAGUGUUUCAGAACGUCGCCGCCCUGCUGGCUGACAGGCCGGUGCAGAUCCAGCAGAUCAUGUGCGUCAGCAGGGCGGUGGAGCUUGAAACGUUUCAGAGCGAGAUCGGGAACGUUAAGCCCCUCCUCCAUGCGUCCAGCCCCAGCAACUUUGUAGGAAUUAUGUCCAGAGGUCUGCUGCUUCCCCAUGUGGGAGUGGAGCAUCAUGGGAUUACGAGAACGGACAUCGGGAACCUUGGCAGCGGGAUUUACUUCGGUGAUGCUGUGAGAACCAGUCUGAGGUACGCCCACCCCAGUGAAACAGACGGAUCGCGCUUCCUGCUAGUCUGUGAUGUGGCUCUGGGAGUWUGUAAGAACCUCUAUAAGAGAGACCAGACUCUGACUGAGGCUCCUCAGGGCUACCACAGUGUUCAUGGAGUCAGACAAACCAAAAAAACUACAUCUGAUUUUGAGGAUGAUGAGUAUGUGGUUUACUCUCUUGACCAAGUGAAGAUGAAAUAUGUAGUUCAGUUCAGAGUGGAAGGAGACGAGCAGAAGGACUUCAGUCCGGAUAUCAACCUGACAGCAGAACCCAUUGAGCCUGCCAAGAACCCAGAUCUGACUUCAGAUUAUGUGGAAGAAGAUCUAGAAAACGUGAAGAACCCUCUGGAGGACGUUAAAGCUGGUCUGUUGGACAGUUCAGGCCAGCAGCUCCCCCUGCAGGCCGUCCAUGUGAAAUGCAAACUGAUGGAUCUGCUCUCCCAGGUCAUCAUCUUCCAGAAAUACACCAAUCAGAGCUCAGUGCCCAUUGAGGCGAAGUACGUCUUCCCGCUGGACGACUCGGCUGCCGUGUGCGGAUUUGAAGCUUUCAUCAAUGGGAAACACGUGGUGGGAGAGGUGAAGGAGAAGGAGACGGCUCGUAAGGAGUACAAACAGGCGAUAGCGAAAGGCCACGGAGCGUACCUCAUGGACCAGGACGCUCCUGAUGUGUUCACCAUCAGCGUGGGCAACCUGCCGCCCGGCGCCACCGUCCUCAUUAAGGUGACCUUUGUGUCAGAGCUGGUGGUCAGAGAUGGGAGCAUCCUGUUCUCCCUGCCGGGCAGCGUGGCUCCGUGGCAGGAAAGCGCUGCGCUCAACCAGACCACACAGGUCUCUGUGGAGAAGGUUUGUGUGGCCAAUGAAGCAGCGAGAGAUUUUACGUUGGACAUGUCGGUAGAGAUGCCAUUUCAGAUCUCUAGCCUGACGUGCAUCACCCAUCAAGUCAAAAUGAAGAGGACUGACUGUAAGGCAGUAGUCAGUGUCCUGCCGGGUCAGGUCAUGGGGUCAGAUGGUUUCCAGAUGUCUGUCACUCUCUCUGAGGUUCAUCUUCCCAGAAUGUGGGUGGAGAAACACCCAGACAAGGACAGCCAGGCCUGCAUGCUGGUUUUCUACCCAAGCUUUGAGUUUGACUCCAGCUCUGAAGGCAGUGAAGUUGUUCUUUUGCUGGACACGUCUGAGUCCAUGAAGGGAGAAUCGUUCCAGCUGGCCCAGAAAAUCGCCCUGCAGGUUUUAAAGAAUCUGAAGAACGACGUCAAAAUCAACAUCGUUUUAUUUGGAACAGAUCACACAGAAGCUUUCCUGACGGCUCAGAAACUCGACGAGGUUCAAGUUGAAGCCAAGAAGUUCAUCAAGAGCUGCUCUUCAGUAGGGGGCAGCACUGAGCUGUGGCGGCCUCUCCGGGCGCUCAGCCUGCUGCCGCCGUCCGCCGGCGUUCGAAACCUGCUGCUGCUGUCGGACGGCCACAUCCAGAACGCGGCGGCCACCCUGCAGCUGCUCAGAGACAACGCCCAGCACAGCCGCCUCUUCACCUGCGGCUUCAGCUCCACAGCCAAUCGCCACAUGUUGAGAGCCCUGGCGCAGGCAGGGGGCGGGGCUUAUGAGUUUUUUGACUCUAAAGCGAAGCACAGCUGGGCUGAGAAGGUGGAGCGCCAGGUGAAGCGCAUGUCGUCUCCCGGCUGCAGCUCCGUCUCUGUGAAGUGGCAGCAGUUCAACCCCAGAGCUCCUCCAGUUCAAGCCCCGAAGCAGCUGAACGCUCUGUUCAACGACUGCCACACGCUGGUUUACGGCUUUGUGCCCCACUGCACUCAGGCUACUCUUCUUGGAGAUUUGCGUGGUCAGGAACUUCAAACCAUGGUGUCAACAACAGAGCUGCAGAAGACCAGAGGAACGUUUCUUCAUAAGCUCACAGCGAGAGCCCUGAUCAGAGACUACGAGGAUGGGAACCUUGAUAUCACCGAAGCUGAACACGAGGGUAAAAAAGCAGAGCUGAAGUCMUUCAUCAUCGAUCUGAGCAAAGAGUUCUCCAUACUGUCUCAGUUCACCAGCUUCGUGGCCAUCGAAGAAAGGGAUUCUGGGAAGCCAGACGAUGGCGUCACAGACAUCCCAAAGCUGAUCGCAGAGGAGGAUGUGGACUUCCUGCCAUACAUCACCUGGACUCUUCCUGAGGACAAAGAAAAAGUGGUGAUUUGUGAUGAAGAGAUAUCUGAAGAAGGCUAUCAAGAGAUGGUGUUAGCAGAGUUCUGCAACACUAUAGAGUCAUCUGACGACCUCGGUGGCGAUAUGGACUUACGAGGUGUUUCUCGCUUCGAUGAUGAACCUAUUCCCAUAAGAGCACGUAGAAAGAGAUCUAACCGGUGGAAGGUAAGAAGGGUAUAAACCUUCACACACACA